CGAGGUUGCUUCUUGCGUGCCUCUAGUGGUAGGAGAGUUAGAUUCCAGGCUCCACCCUAAGUGGUGUUCCCAAGUUUCUCCAGCCUCGGGCUCCGGGGUCACUGCCCCCAAACAGGGACCUGGAGGGGGAUGGAAUCCACUCAUACCAGGAAUAAGGAGAAAAAGGGCAGCAGGCUGUCCCAAGCUGCAACAUCCUUGAGUGGAAGUUCGAAGGCUUCAUUAUCCCGUUCUGAGGAAUUCCUGGCUCGGAUCAGCACAGAACUCACCGAUGAGGCCUUGUUUAUUGCUGGUUACCACAUGAGCCCUGUGCCCACCAAGGAAAAACAGACACAGGAACAAGGAACUCAGUUAUCCAAACACGAGCUCGUCACCAAGACCCAAGGCACCGACACUUGCUCUGACAAAAACUGUACCUGCACCAAGGCAUACCUUCUGCCAUCCCCUCAUGACAAGGAGCUGGAAUAUGGAAGCGAGCCAAGUAGAGUGCCUGCCUUCAAGACAUCUAAAUGGGGGGGCGCUUUGCCCAGCAGCUUGACAUCUGGAGGAUGAUCCCAACCCUUUUUGGUGCAGCUCUUGGCCUCUCGUGCCCUGCCUCAUUCUGUCCCUCUAGGACAUACCUCAGACCUCCUCUUUCACAACUCAUUAAUCACUUUGGUUUGUGGGGGCACUCCUGGUCAUGAGCAGCAUCACCCCUGAAGUCUCCAAAGUGUUCUGGACCAUCGUACACCUUUCCACUCUCAGCUGGCAAGGACACCACCAGAAAUCCAAGGCUUUAAUAAAGAGACAGAGAUCUUUCCCUCCUUCCAACCCAGGCAGUGCUCCAGUGUGACUUCUCUGGCGUGAAGAUGCAGGAGGAAUGGCUUUUUUUGGUCAGAUGUGCGGGCAUAUUGUUGA